GCUCCCAAACUAGCCAUAAGGACACUAAACCCUAUCGUGGAAACUACUGCGCCUGUUCUACUUUCCCUUGCCCACCGGCAACGACCAACACCUUACUUCCGGGAAAAACAGUAAAGCAGGAGACGUGAUUGACUUUGGAUUGAUAGUUGGAAUCUGGACCUCGUUUUAGUAGUCUGCCAAAACAAGGCGUUGAUCGUGCUGAUCGAGUAGUCCCCAUGGGUGACACGGUGAACAUGCAGUGGGUAUUUCUGGUGAUGGGAGUUUCUUUCGCCACCGUUAGCACUUCCCUGCAAGCUGCCCAAAUUCCUGGCCCUCUCCCUGCAAUCUUUCAUUGGUUCUACCUGGCAGUGGAGCUGGCCUUUUUGGCUGUUUUAGUAUCUAGUUACCUACAACGCCCUUACCCCAAUGCUUCUCGUCUCAUUCAGCACCUUGCAGUCCUCUUUGGCGCUGUUGCCUUUAUACUGGCCAUCUCGGCGCCUCUCCUCCACCCCCUACUGAAGCCGUUGUCCUACAAGCUCUUUCUCAUUGCUUUUCUCAUAAUAAUCCUUGCCAAUCGUUACAUUAGUUUCUGGGCUUAACAUAACAUGGUGUUGAUCGUUUUCCUGCUUUGAUGACUCAAGAAUUGUCCGACCAAGUUAAGAUCUGCCUUUUCACUUUCAAAAUUCUGAGUUUUUCUGUGAAGAAGUGUUGUUGUAUUAUAUGCAUUCUACAACGAAACAGGGCAAACAGAGACGAUUGUGGUGAUGGUGGUGUUGUUGGAAAUAUAUGUUGAUCGUGUAUUUUGUUUGAUAACCAGUACUAUAAUCUUCUGAAAUGAAAUGAUGUUUUAUGAUUCCUGUGUUUA